AUGGCCACCGACGCCCCCGCGAAAUUCCAGAAGCCGGAGCUGAUCCCGGUCCCGCAUCAUCACACGGAGCACCACCUGGAGACCUCCGCCGCCGCCGCAUCGGCCCACGACGGGCUCCACUUCUGGCAGUUCAUGAUCGGCGGCUCGAUCGCCGGCAUGGUGGAGCACAUGGCGAUGUUCCCCGUCGACACCGUCAAGACCCAGAUGCAGGCCCUGGGUUCCUGCCCCAUUAAAUCCGCGAGCGUCAGCCACGCGCUCCAGUCCAUUCUCAAGCGCGACGGCCUCAGAGGCUUCUACCGCGGGAUAGGUGCGAUGGGGCUUGGUGCUGGCCCGGCCCAUGCUGUUUACUUCUCCGUGUACGAAUUCUCCAAGAAGACAUUAUCCCGUGGGAACCCCAACAAUCCGGCUGCUCACGCGAUGUCGGGGGUUUUCGCAACAAUUGCCAGCGAUGCUGUUUUGACGCCCAUGGAUAUGGUGAAACAGAGGCUGCAGCUGAGCAGCAGCCCGUACGGUGGGGUUUGGGACUGUGUGCGCAGGGUGGCCCGGGAGGAGGGUAUUCGGGCUUUCUUUGCGUCUUAUAGGACGACUGUGCUUAUGAAUGCGCCUUUCACAGCUGUGCAUUUUGCGACUUACGAGGCUGCUAAGAGAGGAUUGAUGGAGGUCUCGCCGGAAAGUGCUAGCGAUGAGAGGUUGGUGGUUCACGCCACGGCUGGGGCGGCGGCAGGGGCAUUAGCGGCGGCCCUGACAACGCCUCUUGAUGUGGUGAAGACUCAGUUGCAGUGCCAGGGUGUCUGUGGAUGUGAUAGAUUCGUGAGUGGGUCAAUUCGUGAUGUUAUACGAACAAUAAUAAAGAAAGACGGGUACAGAGGUCUUCUAAGAGGAUGGAUGCCUAGGAUGCUCUUUCAUGCUCCUGCAGCCGCCAUUUGCUGGUCAACUUACGAGGCUGCAAAAGCUGCAUUCCAAGAAUUCAAUGCAAAUGGGACCUGA